AUGGGCAAAGCUGGGCUACUUCUAGGUGAUCUUAGCGCACUUGCCCCAAAGCAAUCAAAUUACGUGCUACCACAGCCAAGGUGUUCAGUCAGCGGCAAGGAAUGCGUCACUGUCGCCUGUAAAGAAAGGGAAGGGAAAAAGAAGAAUAAGAGUGCACUUGUCUCGUUUUGUAGCAGCAAUGUAUGUACUCUUUCAAAUCAAAUACAGCAAAAGUGGUGAAACUGAUGACAAAUAAAGCUAAAUAUAAAUGUCCCAUGCCCAAAAGUACAUAAUGCUCUCAGAAGAAUCCUAGAUUCAUGCGGAGGCAGCGGAGAAGACUCGGCACGCCAGGUUCUUGGCCAGUGGUUUGAGCCCAAUAGAUUGA